CAUUAUUAACAUGUCAAUGUUAUAUCCAGAUAAAACAGCAACAGGCUAUUCCCAAUCAGUUAACUGUUAGUCUUUUCCUAAAAAAUGGGUACCAGUAUGCUAAGACUCUUCUAAUGGUGACUGGAGAGACGAAUAGCAGAAUAUGGAGCUUUUUUAAUCUUUUGUAUCAAGCAUUUAUGUACUUAGAGUAAAACCAAAGUACAAACCCAAUGUAAUCUACUGAAACUUGUAAAAUUCACCAUCAAGAUUUGGAACUAAAUAAGUUGAGGGUGGGUUUUUUUUUUUUUUUUUGGUUUGGUUUGGUUUGGAUUUUUGUUCUGGUUUUGUCUGGGUUUUUUUCAAAGCAAUUGAGAAUAAUUUUUCUUGUUAUGACUGCUUCCUGUUCCUUUGCUGAGUUAAGCUGGGAUAGCAGCACUGUGGUUGCAGGGCUUGUUGCUCAUUUCUCCCCUCCCCUCCUGCAGUUGAAUUUAGAAGCUGCUGGAUGUUGUCCAACAGGAAAUCCAGUCUUACUGGGAAAACCAUCACAACCUACUCAAAGGUACCAGCUUUAAAUGAUAAUGUGGUUUCAAAUGAGAGAUGGAAAUGUUUUCAGGCUCCCAGACAUGGGUUGCUCCCCCCUUGCACUGGACUUUGCUGAAGCUGGAGCCCCUGGCACACCUACCUACAGCAUCACAAUGACCAGGCUCUGCUGUGGGUGGCUGGGGAACCAACCUGCAAAAGACCAACCUGCAAAUGACCAGGUGAGCCCCAUCACCCAAACAUAGACUGAGUCCACCCCCUUAGGUACUGGCUGGGGGGAUAUUCCACAUCUUGAGAUAGAAGCAUGAGGUGCUAUUAGCCUGGUCCUGUUCUGCAGGACCCCUGAGAGCACAGUGUGCCCACACUGUAGCAUCAGUACUCAUACGCAUCAAACCUUGGAGCAGUCAGAAAUUGCAACAGAGCUUCUGUGUGUCUGCAGAUAAACACAUGGAAAGGGUGAAGCAGGGAAGCAUCCCUUUUCUUGUCCAUUUCCUCCAAAGAGGAAAAGGAAAUAAGAAUUGAAAUUCCUGAGAGCAGAAAUAAGUAAUCCUGCCCAUCGGACAAUGGUUAUUUUAUACAUGAUAAAUCAUCUGAUGUAUGCAAAGAAACAACACUAGGGUGCCUCUGCUGACUAUGCAGGAAUAUAAUCUUGCAGGGCUAUGUGUAGGAUGUCUGCUCUAAGAUCUGUCAGGUACUGGAAAUGCAGACAGAUGUAGUACCACAGUUAGAAAUCAGAGGUUCAGCAGCUCUGCAGGUGACAUUGCAGUUGAAAGUGACAAAACUAAAAUGCACGGUGCUCAGGAAAUAUCAGUUCACAGUGAGCUCGUAUCCAGUUUGCGGCAAGUUGUGUGUGUUUAGAGAGGAUUGUGUGCUGCUGCCAGAAAAGCCAUGUAAACAUUUUCUACCAAGCCAGAAUGUUUUUCCUAGAGCUGGUAUCUCAUGCCUGCUGAAGCUCUUGGCUUCAGUUCAGGAGACUAUUUUACUACAGAAUUCACAUAUGCGAAAGUGAACCUGUGGGACCUGAUCCUAUAAAUCUCAUCAGUCAAAGGGAAGCAUAAAAGGUUGUGCAAUUUUGUAGCUGAGAGCCAGAAACUAUAUGGGAGGUCAAAAGCCAGUCAAGAAAGGCCAGAUGGGGAAGAAACAAAGUUCAACUUCUUAAUCGCAUUUGUGGCUUUUUUUGUUUGUUUGGUUUUUUUUUUGGGGGGGGGCUGGGGGGUGGGUUUUAAUAUUGUGUCUAUAAAAUGCACUCAGAGUGCAACCUUUCCAGAAACUAAAAUAGAUAUAUAUGUGUUUCAGCCACCACUGAUCUGGUCUGACCUGAUCACUGACUGAUCAUCAGGAAAUAAAAAUGUUCUGGGCAAUUCAGCUGAAUAUAGGUUGUGUAACCAAGGGAGAAUAAAUAAAGGUUGCAUCUGAGCAAGUUUACGUAGUUAGUACUCCUUGACCUGUUGUUAAGCUUUAUGCUUCACAGCUUUCCUGGGUAACGGUCAACUUUUUAGACUGAAAGGCUGGAGGUCAAACUGAUAAGCUCCUAACAUUUCUCUGAUUUCCGUGCAGGAAGAACAGGGCAAAGGCUCAGCCUUCAAGGUAAAGAAAUACAAAUACUAGGGAUGGUACAGAGCUCUGUGGGGGCUGACAGCCUGCCCUGCUGGGCUCUCUGCUUGCUCUGCACUGGUUUGGGUUGCUCCAUGCAGUGCUGCAUAUUUCAGCGCCCCCAGACAGUGAGAUAACCAACAGGGAGAGUAUGUUAAGAGAUGCACCCACUUUCUGCAUUGAAAUUUGGGGUUCGCAUUGAAAGGUAACUCCAGCUUUUGGCUGUCAAAGAAUGAUCUUCAGCAGAAGCUGCUCCCAGCAGGAAUCUUGAAAGGAGAUGGUCCUGAAUAUCCUCAGCCACUGGAAGGAAUUGGCUCAAGGUCAGAUUGCACCAGGGGGACUUUUCACGUGUGGUGCAAAGGUUCAGAGGCUCUUCUGACUGGUGAGCUCAUGGCUGAUGCCUUUGGCUCCCAGGGUGGUGACUGAGCAGCUUGGCAAGUGGGACUGGCCAAGCAAGCAGCCAGGCAUCGAUCAGCUGUUCUGAGCCUGUGGGGUCUUCUGGCUCAUCCAUCUGCUCCCAAAAUGGAGUAUGCCUGGUACUGGCUCGAUAAUUCUGGGAAGUGGAUUGAAUAUGGGAAAAAGCAUCCAGAUCACUGCUGUGCCACGGUAACAUCUGAAGUUCUAGAGAGGGAAUUCCAAGAUGACCAGGAAGGCUUUGUGUUAUUCAAGGCUGGUUCUCAAGCAUAUAUAUUAAACUUUAAUGGCAUGGUCCAAAUAAACUUGCACUAUAAAACUAAAAGGAAAGUUGCCCGACGGCCAAGAUUUCUGCCUUCUCAAGAUGGACAAGACGGAAGCUCAAACAUGACUCUAUCCCAUUUUGUUUGUCCUCCAGAAUGGGACCAAUCUGCACUGCCCGAUAUUGGGUUCAAGCUGAUAGAUGUCAGCUGCACUUCCCUUGAAUACAGUAAAAUUAAGAACCUGUUUGAGAAGACAAUGAAGGAUUCCUUUAUCCACAGACUGCAGAGGAUCCAGAACCCAACGCUUUGGCAAGUUUUUCAGUGGCAAAAGGAGCAGAUGAAGAAGCUCAGUAAAUUGGAGUGUGUGGAUGAGCGGCUCCUGUUCCAUGGGACAAGUCUGUCCCACAUGCCUGCCAUCUGUGAGCAGAACUUCGACUGGAGGGUGUGUGGGACUCACGGGACAAUGUAUGGGAAAGGAAGCUACUUUGCCAGAGAUGCCAGCUAUUCUCACAAGUUCUGUUCCUCUCAAAGUGGUUGCUACAGCAUGUUUGUAGCUAAUGUUCUUGUGGGAGAUUUUGUUCAGGGAAAACCCGAACACCUUCGCCCUCCACUCAGAGACAGCAAUUCAAACAGACUUUAUGACAGCUGCGUGGAUGACCCAACAGACCCUUCUAUCUUUGUCAUCUUUGAGAAGCACCAGAUUUACCCUGCCUAUAUCUUGGAGUACAGGAGCAAUACCCACUGUAGGAUCCUGUAAUGAAUGCUGGAUUCUCCUUUGAAUUUACACUGAAGAAAUUACACUUUAAUACAUCUUUUUUUUUGUUUUAAUUUUUUUUUAAUGCUAUUCAAUUUUAGUAGUAGCUUUAGAACAUAUUGUAAUGCAGCAAACCAAUAUCAGUCCCUUGAAGGAUUUCGGGGCGUAUUUUUUUUGGAAGCAGAAAGUGCUGAACUUUCAAGGGAACUGGAGCACCUCCUGUAUGAAGAUAGGCUGAGAAAGUUGGGGCUGUUCAGCCUGGAGAAGAGAAGGCUGCAUGGAGACCUCAUAGCAGCCUUCCAGUAUCUGAAGGGGGCCUAUAAGGAUGCUGGGGAGGGACUCUUCAUUAGGGAUAGUAGUGACAGGACAAGGGGUAACGGGUUAAAACUUAAACAGGGGAAGUUUAGAUUGGAUAUAAGGAAGAAGUUCUUUCCUGUAAGGGAGGUGAGGCACUGGAAUAGGUUGCCCAAGGAGGUUGCAAAUGCUCCAUCCCUGGCGGUGUUCAAGGCCAGGUUGGACAGAGCCUUGGGUGACAUGGUUUAGUGUGAGGUGUCCCUGCCCAUGGCAGGGGGGUUAGAACUAGAUGAUCUUAAGGUCCUUUCCAACCCUAACUAUUCUAUGAUUCUAAUCGCCACCUUAUUUCUAGCCUGAGAUGGGGAUGUACCUGCCUUGCAUACCCUGAUGCAGUGACACCUACCACUGUUGAAAGCCACACUGUUGAAUGUAUGAUUAGCUUGACCCACUGAUACAGUCACUUAGGCAUGAAUCCUACCUGUGAUGGUGCUGGUGUGUGACAAAGGGAGACUGGGUGGGGAAUGUGAAAGGAGGAAAAGUGAAAGUAACUGCAUCAUGGUGCACAAGAGAGGAAUCAUGACCUGUUUUUCCAGUAAAUGGCAGGAAGCUCCUGCAUCCUGGAGGAUUUUUAAUGAAUACUGGCAAGGAACAUUGCUCCCUGAACACAUUGCUGAUAGCU